UGCUAACCAUGUGUGUCUCCGGCCCCCAGACAGAGCUGUGACCUGGCCCUGCUUGCAGUUGAUGAGCCUGCCCACCAUGGCAAGCCCCACUCUGAGCCCUGACUCCUCAUCCCAGGAGGCCCUGUCAGCCCCCACCUGCUCCCCUACCUCUGACUCUGAGAACCUCAGCCCCAAUGAGCUGGAGCUACUAGCCAAGCUGGAAGAGCAGAACCGGCUCCUGGAAGCCGACUCCAAAUCAAUGCGCUCCAUGAAUGGCUCCCGGCGGAACAGCGGCUCCUCUCUCGUAUCCAGCUCCUCCGCCUCCUCUAACCUGAGCCACCUGGAGGAGGACACAUGGAUCCUAUGGGGCCGAAUCGCCAAUGAGUGGGAAGAGUGGCGGCGUAGGAAGGAAAAGCUGCUUAAGGAGCUUAUCCACAAGGGCAUCCCGCACCACUUCCGGGCCAUUGUGUGGCAGCUCCUGUGCAGCGCUACAAACAUGCCAGUCAAGAACCAGUACUCAGAGCUGCUCAAGAUGUCCUCGCCGUGCGAGAAGCUGAUCCGCAGGGACAUCGCCCGCACCUACCCCGAGCACGAGUUCUUCAAGGGCCAGGACAGCCUAGGCCAGGAGGUCCUCUUCAAUGUCAUGAAGGCAUACUCUCUGGUGGACCGGGAGGUGGGCUACUGCCAGGGCAGUGCCUUCAUCGUGGGCCUGCUCCUGAUGCAGAUGCCGGAGGAAGAGGCUUUCUGUGUGUUUGUGCGGCUGAUGCAGGAGUAUCGCCUUCGGGAGCUCUUCAAGCCCAGCAUGGCUGAGCUGGGGCUCUGCAUCUACCAGUUUGAGUACAUGCUGCAGGAGCAGCUCCCGGACCUGAACACUCACUUCCGCUCCCAGAGCUUCCACACGUCCAUGUACGCCUCGUCCUGGUUCCUCACACUCUUCCUGACCACCUUCCCACUGCCUGUCGCCACUCGUGUCUUCGACAUUUUCAUGUAUGAGGGCCUGGAGAUCGUGUUCCGGGUAGGCCUCGCCCUGCUGCAGGUGAACCAGGUGGAGCUGAUGCAGCUGGACAUGGAGGGCAUGUCCCAGUACUUCCAAAAGGUGAUACCCCAUCAGUUCGACAGCUGCCCAGAUAAGCUGAUCCUCAAGGCUUACCAGGUCAAGUACAACCCUAAGAAGAUGAAGAGGCUCGAGAAGGAAUACGCAGCCAUGAAGAGUAAAGAGAUGGAGGAGCAGAUCGAAAUCAAAAGGCUUCGAACAGAGAACCGACUUCUGAAACAGCGGAUUGAGACCCUGGAGAAGGAGAGUGCUGCUCUGGCUGAUAGGUUAAUCCAGGGACAGGUGACACGGGCGCAGGAGGCCGAGGAAAAUUAUGUCAUCAAGCGGGAGCUGGCGGUGGUGCGGCAGCAGUGCAGCUCAGCAGCAGAAGACCUGCAGAAAGCGCAGAGCACCAUCCGGCAGCUGCAGGAGCAGCAGGGCAACCCUCGCCUCACCGAGGACUUUGUGGCCCACCUGGAGACUGAGCUGGAACAGUCAAGGCUGCGGGAGAUGGAGACACUAGGGGCCCUACGGGAGAUGCAGGACAAGGUUCUAGACAUGGAGAAGAGGAACAGUUCACUGCCUGAUGAGAACAACGUGGCCCAGCUACAGGAGGAGCUAAAGGCACUCAAGGUGCGGGAGGCCCAGGCGGUGGCCUCUGCAAGGGAGCUGAAGCUGCAGCUGCAGGAGCUCUCGGACACCUGGCAGGCCCAUCUGUCCCGCGGGGGCCGCUGGAAGGAGUCCCCACGGAAGCUGGUCCUGGGCGAGCUGCAGGACGAACUGAUGAGCGUGCGUCUGCGCGAGGCCCAGGCUCUGGCCGAGGGCCGAGAGCUGCGGCAGCGCGUGGUGGAACUCGAGACGCAGGACCACAUCCACCGCAACCUUCUGAACCGCGUAGAGGCAGAACGCGCGGCGCUGCAAGAGAAGCUGCAGUAUUUGGCUGCGCAGAACAAGGGGCUGCAGACACAGCUGAGUGAAAGCCGCCGCAAGCAGGCAGAGGCCGAGUGCAAGAGCAAGGAGGAGGUGAUGGCGGUGCGCCUGCGAGAGGCGGACAGCAUGGCUGCGGUGGCUGAAAUGCGGCAACGCAUUGCAGAGCUGGAGAUCCAGAAGGAGGAGGGCCGCAUCCAGGGCCAGCUGAACCACUCAGACUCUUCGCAGUACAUCCGGGAGCUCAAGGACCAGAUAGAGGAGCUGAAGGCCGAGGUGCGACUACUGAAGGGCCCGCCAUCCUUUGAGGACCCACUGGCCUUUGACGGGCUACAUCUGGCCCGGCACCUGGAUGAGGACUCACUGCCAUCGUCCGAUGAGGAGCUGCUGGGCAUGGGCGUGGGCGCAGCACUGCAGGAUACACUCUACCCGCUGUCCCAAGACGCUCGCUUCCUCCGCAGUCUGGAGCGGCCAGCCAAGGACAGUGAAGGCAGCUCAGACAGCGAUGCCGAGGAGCUGGCCACACCCUACAAUCAGGGCCUGGACAACUGAGGCCCUGCCCUUGAGCCUAGAGCUGGGGUGGGGGAGGGCCUCCAGGGCCACACUUAAACUCCAAAUCCACUCCAAGGGACACAGCAGGAUGCAGAGGGUAGAGCUGGAGGCUGAGGAUCCUCAGGGUACCUGUCAUACCCACCCUCCCCAGCACUGUUUAACCAUCUUGGUCAGUACCCCUCUAGGCCCAGUUGCCUGGAAAUCUGCCCCUCUUAACAGAAAGGGCACGAGAGGACACAGAGGUCCCAGGACUGGUAACAGAAAGCUCCCUCCUCCCACCAGGCCUGGGUAACAGGAGGGUAGCCCUGCUGGGAAGGGCCAACGAGCUGGAAGAGACCUGAGGAAGAAGGGGCCACUCUGGGCUGGAUGUCAACACCUCACAAUGUUCCUGGGGAUCCCUGGCUUCCAGGGACAGAUGGCCAAGCUGGGCUUUCCUGCCUGAUGCAGGUCUCAUGGCCCAAGCAGAACCAAAGUCCCCCUUACUGUGUACAGGGUCACCUGGGGUGUGCACAGCCAGCAGGAACCAGGCCAGGGCAGUGCCUGUCCCUGCUUCUUGGGAGGGGGGGGGCCAGAGCAGCUGAAAGGAUGUCAUGAGACCCAGGUCCCCAGUGCUCCUACAUCUUCCUCUGUGAAGCACCUCAUCACCCCAUCUUGACCAGUGAUGGAAGGGCUCCGCCACCCAGGCUAGCCUCCCCUCCAGGAGUCCCCAGCCUCCACUUCCCUUCCUUCCCUGGGUUCCCCAGCCCCACCCUUUUGCCAGGGCCAAGCCCCAGGAGAGGAGGCUGCCCAGAGGAGUGGCAUUCCCAUGCCUCCUUCCGCAUGGUGGUCCUGUGGUCUCUGCAGUCAGAGCCAAGAAUGGUGCCAAAGUCCAACAAUGCUCCCCCAGACCUCUCCCCUUUCAGGGCCUUUUGACUCUUGGGGCUCCUGGAGCCUGAAGCGGCCUCCUCGGCGCCUCCUGGAAUGGGGAUUCAUGCUCAGCCCCCCACUGCUUCCCACUUGCCCACUUCUCAGUGUUACAAAGCCUGGGGACCAGGGUGGGCAUCGCGGGGCUCUUCCAUGUGCCUCUCACACUGCCCACCACCAUUUUGCACACUGCCUGUUCACACUCCACAUGUCGCCCAGGUGGGGAUAGAAAAUAAAGUGUAUUUACACAGUCACAAAGAAGGGACACUGAGUAAGGGGACUGCAAACAGCCUCAGGGCCACAACCCCUGGCCCAACUUAAAACAAUAGGGAGAGGAGCAGGCUAUCCUUGUCCUUGGGAGCCUCCCAGAAAGGUAGAGGUUAUAGCAGGAUAGCAGGGGUGCCAAAGAAGUGCCCAGGUUGGGGUGCAGCAUGAAGAGGAAGGAGCAUUUGCUGGUUCAGAGUGAGCAACUGCGUGAGGUUUGGGAGAGAUGGUUAGUAUGGGGGAACAGGUCACAGAGAACUUGGAUGUCAGGCUCACAGAUGAAGCCUGAUAGCCUGAUAUUUUCACAAGGGUGGCUCAAGAUGGUGAGGACAAGGGGCAUGAUUUCUCUCCUGGGUGACCCAGCUUGGGCCUCCCCUGAGAGAUGUGGAGCAAUUUGGGGGUCUCAAAAUCUGAUUGUGUUCAUUAAGCCAUACUUCCUGAGGCCCUCCUGGUGCUCUGCCCCAUGUCUGGCUCUAAGGGAUCCCCAGGGUAUUGGAGGUGACAAACACUGGUGUGGGAGAAAGAGUUGAGCCUUCAUGCUGAUGUGACAAGUGAUCAGUAGAUGAAUGAGCAGGAAGAUCAGGGAAGGCUUAAGCAUGAAGGCAAGACAUGGCAGGGACCAGCAGGAAGCACAUGAUAGAAGGAACAGGAGAGAGUUGGCAUGGCCAGACCAGGAAGUGGUUUCUCUAGUCAGAAGCCAAGUUUGCUAUUUGAACUGAGGGCAGUGGGGAGCUAUGGAGAGCUUAGGUGAGGGGAACACCAUCAGAUGGACCAUAGUGUUGGGGUUCAGUGAGGAAGCCAGGACAAAGACCAAACUGAGCCGGGCAGUGGGGAGAGAGAAUACGAGCUCCCCUCAAGGAACCGGGACUGCUGAGCAGCAGGGCAGGAUGUGUGAUGCACUCGGACAGCCAAGUUCCGUAUAUUGUCCCAUCACUUAACAAACAGCUCCCGUGGGCCCAUGCACCAUUCCCAACAUACAGAAUUAACACUGAGACCCCCAA